AUGUUCUCCUCUUUGUCAACAGUCCAGAAUAAUGACGAUAUGGACCCCCCUUUGUCAAACGUCGUAGGGAAAGGCCACAUAUUCUCCUCUUUGUCAACAGACGAAAGAAUGACAGUAUGUCGAGAAGAUGACAAUAUACUCUCCCCUUUGUCAACAUUCGAGAAGAAAGACAAUUUGGUCCCCUCUCUCUCAACAGUUGUGAAGAAAAACAACAUGGUCUCCUCUUUGUUAUCAGUCGAUAAGAAAACAAUAUGUCGAGAAGAAAGACGAUAUGGUGUCCUCUCUUUCAGCAGUCUAGAAAAAUGGCAAUAUGGUGUCCUCUUUGUCAACAUUGGAGAAGAAAGACAAUUUGGUUUACUCUUUGUCAAAAGUCGAGAAGAAAGACAAUAUGGUCUCCACUGUGUCACCAAUCGAGAAGAAAAACAAUUUGGUCUCCUCUUUGUCAACAGUCGAGAAGAAAGACAACAUGGUCUCCUCUUUGUUAAUAGUCGUCAAGAAGAAAACAAUAUGGUCUCCACUUUGUCAACAGUCGAGAAGAAAUUCCAUAUCGUCUCUUAUUUGUCAACAGUCGAGAAGAAAGACGAUAUGGUCUUCUUUUUGUCAACAGUCGAGAACAAAGGCAAUAUGUUCUCUUUGUCAACAGUCGAAAAGAAUGACGAUAUGGUCUCCUCUUUGUCAACUGUGGAAAAAAUGACAAUUUGGUCUCGUCUUUUCGAGAAGAAAGACGAUAUGGUCUUCUUUUUGUCAACAGUUGAGAAGAAAGACGAUAUGGUCUUCUUUUUGUCAACUGCCGAGGAGAAAGACAAUCUGGUCUCCUCUUUGUCAACAGUCGAUUAG